AUGUCAUAUAAUAGUAGUAAUAGCGGUAGUGGUAGAUACGACGAUAAUAGAAGUGGUAACUCAUCAUAUUCUAGUACCUCUAGAGGUGGCAGUAGUUAUGGUAAUAGAUCGGGAAGUGAUAGAGAUUAUAACCGAGAUGGUGGAAGUUAUAAUAGGGAUUCCUCUAGAGAUUAUAACAGUAGUAGUGGUAGUGGUAGUGGUAAUGGCAGUAGUAGCUAUAAUAAAUACCCAUCAUCAUCAUCAUCAUCAUCCUCAUCCUCAUCAACUUCAUCAUAUGGUCCAUCAAAAGGUAAAGAUUUCCAAGAUUCAUGGGGUAGUUCCAGCACAGGAACAACCAAUGGAUAUAAUGGUUCAAGUAACGGAUAUAAUAGUUCAAGUAAUGGAUAUAAUAGUAGUAAUAGUAGCUCAAGUUAUGGUGCAUCAAAUAAUGGAUAUAAUAAUAGUAGUGGUAGUAGUAGUAGUGGUAGUAGUGGUAGCAGUAAUGGCGGCAGUUACAACAAUAGUGGUAGUAGUAACUCAAAUGGAUAUAGUAAACCAACAUCAAAUUAUAGUUAUUCAAAUGGAUACACUGGACCAACCACAAAUUAUAGUAGUUAUUCAAAUGGGUAUUCAACACCACCAACAUCAACAUCAACAUCAUCGUCAUCGACUACUACAACAACAACAACAACACCUUCAACAUCUUAUAAUGGUGGUAGUACAAGUUAUGGUUAUUCAACAAGUGGUAGUUCUAAUGGAUAUGGUGGAUAUUCACAACCACCCAUUCCAUCAUAUGACCCAUCAAGUGUUUCAAGUUAUGGUGCAGUGACUCCCGCUUCUUCAAGUUAUAAUGCAUCAGUACCAGGUAGUUCCUACGGAAAUUCAACCUAUCGUUCCUCAGGCUACGGUAACCAAUCUUAUGCAACCACCAAUAGUUAUGGUAGUUCCUCAUAUGGUUCAUCAGGAUUUUAUGGCAAUGCCAAGGCAAAUACUGGUAGCUUUGGAUCCGCCUUAUCACCUAUCAGUUGGGACUUGAGUAAAUUACCAAGAUUUGAAAAGAAUUUCUAUCUUGAGCAUCCAGAUGUAUCCAAAUUUACACAAGAAGAGAUUGAAAAGUUUAGAGCAUCCUUCCAAAUGACCGUAAAAGGUAGAGAAGUUCCACCACCAAUCAUGCAAUUUACCCAAGCACCAUUCCCAGGUUACUUGAUGAAAGAGAUCAUUGGUGCAGGUUUCCCAAAUCCAACACCAAUUCAAUCCCAAGCAUGGCCAAUUGCAUUAAAGGGUAGAGAUAUCAUUGGUUUGGCUAAAACUGGUUCCGGUAAGACAUUGGCUUUCCUUUUACCAUCAAUUGUUCACAUUAAUGCACAACCAGUACUUAGAGAAGAUGAUGGUCCAAUCGUAUUGGUAUUGGCACCAACCAGAGAGUUGGCACUUCAAAUUCAAGAGGAAACCAAUAAAUUUGGUGGAACAAGUCAAAUUUCAAAUACAUGCGUCUAUGGUGGUGCAAGUAAACACACUCAAGUCGCUGCACUUAAAAAGGGUGUUGAAAUUGUUAUUGCCACACCUGGUCGUUUAAUUGAUAUCCUCGAGUCUGGUAAAACCAAUCUUCGUCGUGUCACCUAUUUGGUACUCGAUGAAGCCGAUCGUAUGCUAGAUAUGGGUUUCGAACCACAAAUUAGAAAAAUCAUUAGCCAAAUUCGUCCAGAUCGUCAAACACUUAUGUUCUCUGCCACUUGGCCAAAGGAAGUUCAAGCAUUGGCUCAUGAUUUCCUUACCGAUCAUAUUCAAGUUCACAUUGGUUCAACAGAGAUCACUGCAAAUCAUAACGUUAGACAAAUCGUUGAGGUUUGUCAAGACUUUGAAAAGAAGGAAAGAAUGUUAAGUUUUUUAGGAAGUGUUGGUCGUGAUGAAAAAGUUAUUGUCUUUGCCGAAACUAGAAAAGGUGUCGAUGAUCUUCAACGUGUUUUACAAUUUUCAGGUUUCAAAUCAAUUGGUAUUCAUGGUAAUAAAUCUCAACCAGAAAGAGAUUUUGUUUUAUCUCAAUUUAAAAAUGGUAUGGUUCCAAUUAUGAUUGCAACAGAUGUAGCUUCUCGUGGUUUAGAUAUCAAGGAUAUUAAAUAUGUAGUAAACUAUGACUUCCCAAACACAAUAGAAGUUUAUAUUCACCGUAUUGGUCGUACUGCUAGAGCUGGAGCAUCCGGUGUCAGUUAUUCAUUAUUAACAACAGAUAAUGCACGUUUGGCUAACGAAUUAAUUAAAGUAUUAACUGAGGCAAAACAAAAAAUACCAAUUGAACUUUCAAAUCUUUCCGUUACUCCAAGUACAUCUUCAAAUACGAAAAAAUUUUCACCAUAUCCAACUUAUUCAAAGAGAUAUUAA